AUGCCGUGGGACCCGUCCACCGAAUGGGUGGACGACGACUUGCUGCUCAACGGGCUUGGCUCGUCAUCGCUCUCUGCUCUCGCGGCCUCGGCAUAUCCGCACCCGCCCCCGCAUCAUCCGCUUGCUAGCCGUGCCCAUGCUCAUGCUCGCAUCGCCGCCACUCGUGCUGCUCUUGCGGCUGCCAACGCGGCUGCUGCUGAUGCCAGUGCUGCCGAUGCCAGCAUUGCCGCUGCCCAUGCCGUGCUGGACGCUGCCCGUGACGAUGCUGCUGCCGCAUGUCACGCUGCGUAUGCGGACGCUGUUGCAGAGGUGGCCAAGGCCCGCGAUGCUUCGCUGGCGACUGUUGAUGCUGUGGCGGCCCAGCACGCGGCUGCCCUCCAUGCUGCAGGCAACGACGCCGCCCACCUGCGCGCCAUUCUCGCAGACUCGGUGGCGAUGCUCGAGGCUAAGAUUGCGGCAGACUCGGCCGGGACCUUUGUUUAUGACCACAGCGAGACGCUUGCUGCGGCUGAGGACGUCCUCGCCCGAGCCAACGACUCGCUGGCGGCCCUUGCUCGCCUUCCGCUCGCCGCACAGCUUGCGUCUGCACCGGACGCUGUCUUUCACGAUCUGGAGCUCCCGGUCCGCUCGCUGAGGGUGACCGUGGCAGCUCCGCCGGCACACAUGUCGGUUCACCGUGCAUCGGUCCGAUCGCUUGCCUCGUCGGCCUCGGCAUCGUCGGGGAACCAUCGAUGCAGAAGCAACCGGCGCUUGCCGCACCACCGCUCCAAAGCCUCGCGCCGUAGGCUGGCCAUGGUCAACUCGGCAAACUCGUCGUCAGACAAUGUGCACGGCGAGUCGCGUUCGAAUCCGUUGGAUGACCUGUUGGCCAGCUGCGGCAACGACGACGACGACGACGACGACGACGACGGCGAUGAUGAUGGUGAUGACGAUGAUGAUAGCCGUGACUCGCGGGGGAACAGCGAAGGCACCACCUUUGCAGAGCCAAAGUUCUUCGAGCCAGCAGCUCCGACAUCGCAGCCGGUGGCAUCGGCAGCAUCGGCGGUCGGCUCAUCCUCGGGCUCGUUUGGCCUCGGGUCGGACAUCUCGGCGCCGCCACCACCACCACCACCACCGUUUGUGCCGGUGACCACAGUCGAUGCUGACGACGCAUCGGUCCUUUCAUCGACAUCGAGUUCGACAACAACGUCGAGUUCCCUGGUUGUCGGCCGCGGGUCGGAGCUGACGGUUAUGCAGCGCAAGGUUCUGAUCAACAAGCUCGAGUCCAAGGUUCGCGGCGCGUCAGCAUCGACGGCCAAGUUCUCGACAGCAGCCUCGGUCGCCCGGCAUGUCCGUCCGCGGCGCGUCCGCUCCGAAGCCAACAGCGCAAGCCACGCCCUGCCUACCCAGCUCACGGCACUUCUCACUGACGAGUCGCUGGCCCUUCCACAGCUCGCGCGGCGACUCUCGGCCGAAUACUCGGUCCUCUCGGCCAAGUUUGAGGAGCAGCUUGCCGCCAAUCGCAUGCUCACCGAGACAGCAUCAUCGGCCGAGCUCUCGACCCCGUGGAAGGUUGAUCCCAAUGUCGCACUUGACCUCUCAUCCGACUCGGAUGCAGACGACGCCGGGUCCGAGUCUCACGAGCCGAUGCCGAUCCGUCAGGUUCCGCGCGCUGACCACCUGCCUAUUCGGUCGGGCCUUCCGCCGCCGGCGUCGAGCCACCUCCAGUUCCCGCAAAGCAAGCUCCAGCCGGAGACCAAUGUGGAUCCCCAUGUGGUCGGCUCACAAAAGGGCUCGCGUCGCCAUUCGCUCGCGGGCUCGCCGCCGGGCUCGCCGGUUGUCAGCGUCUUUCCAGUCGAUCCUGGAGGCCGACGGCGGAGGACGCUCGAUGCCACCGCGUCCGACGAGGUUGUGCAGCUGCUGACAACCGGCCCGCCGCGGCCUAACCCGCACGCGCGCAGCGCGGCAGGUGACUCGGCAGCGGCACCUGCCAUGCCGUCGGUGGAAAAGGAGAUCCUGCAGCUGAUGGCCUCGCUCGGCAUGAACCGCCCAUCGGCGGGCGGCAGUAAUGGCGCCGACUUUGACGCCGAGGUUCAGACCUCGUCGGCGGUUGCGGCGCUGAUGUCAUAUCUCGCCAAGAGCGAGGCUCGCAACGAGUACGCGACCAAGCCCCAGUGCCCGCCGUCGACCUCACCGGCGACGGUCACCGCCGCACCGCCGCCAUCCACCUCGCCGUUUGAGCACUCCCUCUCUCUCGACGGCGAGGUCCCGACGCUGGCGACCACUCACGCAGCCGCGCCGUCGCCGCCAACUCUCGUGCCGCCCGGCGGCCGCCCAGCCGAGCUCAUCUCGGCCGCCACUUCGCCGCUGGUGUACAACUCGCUCGAGGGCCACAUGCGCGACCUGUUCGCCACCCUCGGCUCUCGGGCCGCCGCUGACGCUGGUGAUGGUGAAAGCGAGGUGUAG